GUUGGAUAAGAAAAUGAUACUUGUCUACUGCCAUAUUCCCUUAAAAUUUGAAUACUUGCAGAGAUAUAAAUAAGGGUUAAAGCAGCAGGAUUGACCAACGGGCACUCAAAUGGAUUCUCGUAUCUGGCACAAAGUCGCUGCAAUCUCUGGUAUAGCGGCUCUUGGCUUGGGAACAUACGGUGCCCACGCUUUCAAGCCAAAAAAUCCUUCUUACAAAGAGGUAUGGCAAACAGCAUCUCUGUAUCAUUUGGUCCACACGGCGGCCCUGGUUGCUGCCCCUAUUACAAGCCACCCAAACAUUUAUGGAAGCCUUUUGACUGCUGGAAUCCUGGCUUUCUCUGGGACUUCUUCGAUAAAGUGGACUAGAAAUGAAGUCAAGCAGAGCGUCCUCUUUAAACAACUCAAUGAAAAUUGGCGAGGUGUUACACGGUUGCAUACUUAGAAGACAGGAAAUACUCUAAACUAGCCCCCUUUGGGGGAUUUGCUUUCAUUGGUGCUUGGGCAAGCUUAAUGUUUUGAGAAAAUUGUUGGCUUCAACAGAUUGUGUCAUGUUCCUUAAUUGCUAUGUAUGUAAAGUUGCUGGUCUUGGAGAAUGUAUAAUCUGACAAGAACCUCUUUUUUACCUCGUGCAAUGGAAAAUCUAAUAAUUGAAUUCUCCAA